AUGGCGGCAGUGAGGGGCAUGGGAGUGAAAAUGUCGGAAAUCCUGCCGAAGCCGACAGGCAAGAGUUCCAGGUGGGAUGACGAUGACGAAGAGGAGGAUGCGCCGAAGGAGCAGUCUCAGACCUCAAGUCGCAAGGAGCCUCCACCCCAAGGGCAAAGGCGGGGAUGGGUACCCAGGUCGCUGGAAGAUUUCGGCGAUGGAGGCGCCUUCCCUGAGAUCCAUGUAGCCCAGUUUCCUCUGGACUUGGGAAAGAAAGAUGGGAAGACAGGGAAGACGAUCGCAUUACAAAUGGAUGCAGAGGGUAACAUCAAGUACGAUGCGAUUCUGGGGCAGGGGAGGACACACAAGACGCUGAUCCAGGGCUCAGCCAGGGACCUUGUUGCCAAGCGGGUCCACGAAAUGGAUGUCGACAAGCCCGACGAUGAAGAGAUCAGGCUCAAAACCCAGGAGACGCAGGCUGCCCUGGAGAAAAUUUUGAAUGGAAAGAUCACAGCGGCUAAGGUUGCUCGACCUGAGAUCAAUCAGAAGAAGGAUGCGGAAUACAUCAGAUAUGUUCCGAGCAAUUCAGUAUCGUCUCACAACAGUGGGGCGAGGGAAAGAAUCAUCAAAAUGCACGAGAUGCCCGUUGACCCGUUGGAACCACCCAAGUUCAAGCACAAGAAGGCCCCUCGAGGUCCGCCGUCCCCACCAGUCCCCGUGAUGCAUUCGCCUCCAAGAAAAGUGUCGCAAAAGGACAUGGCAGAUUGGAAGAUUCCCCCGUGUGUAUCAAACUGGAAGAAUGCUAAGGGUUACACAAUCCCCCUUGAUAAACGUCUGGCUGCUGAUGGACGAGGGCAUUCCCAAAUCGUUGUGAACGACAAGUUCGCACAAUUCAGUGAGUCCCUGUUGGUUGCCCAAGAGUCGGCGAGAGAAGGCAUCGCCGCAAGAAUCAAGGAGCGCGAGCGACAGCAAAGGCUCGAGAAGGAGAAGAAGGACGAGGAGCUCAGGCAGCUUGCUCGAGAUGCUCGUAUGCUUCGCACUGGGGCUGCACCAGGAGCAAGCCUUGGUGGUGGAGGAGGAGCAGCUGCAGGAGGAGGAGGAGGAGGAGGAGGAGGAGGUAUUGAAAGUAGAACGGGAGAAGGGCGUGGUGGAGAUGAAGAUGCGGACGAGGACAGAAGGAGCUUCAUCCCAGCUGAGGAGUUCGAGCGCGAGAGUCGCGAAGAAAGGGAGGCCAGACGGCAACGUGACGAUAUCCGUGAAGAACGACGUCGCGAGAGGGAGAGAGAAAGGCGCCUCGAAGAGCUUGAGAGGAAGGGAGUCAAGCGCUCCAAGCUUACAAGGGAUAGGGACCGUGACGUGUCAGAAAAGAUCGCUCUUGGCCUUGCUCAGCCAAGUGGGCAGGACAUGCAGUUCGAUCAGAGGCUCUUCAACCAGACGUCUGGCAUGGAUUCUGGUUUCGGUGCUGAGGAUGGAUACAACGUGUACGACAAAAGGUUGUUCCAAGAGCGCUCCAGCUCGGUCUAUCGGCCCAAGGGAAAUGCCGAGGACUUGGCGGGAGACGAAGACUCGGUGAUGGAGCAGACGCUCAAGAACGCGCGCUUCAAGGUGGACAACGAGUUUCAGGGUGCUUCGGGCGAUGGCGCCCGCCAAUCGCGAUCAGGCCCUGUGGAGUUCGACAGGGAUGAAGAUGUUUUCGGUCUGGAUGAAUUCAUGCAGCACGAUCUCAGAGCUUUACAGGCGGCCAAGAAGAAAGGUGGCCAGUGA